CUGCUCCUGCACCACAUCCUCCAUGGCCCUCGUACCCCCUCAUCCCGCCGCAGAGGCCCCGGUCGGAGACGAGUCCGCCGUCUGCACCCCAGAGCACUGCUUCCACGCCUUCGAUGCCCUCUACUGCGCCCUCACCGACAGCGCCCCGAUACCGCCCAACUUUCCCGAUGAGAAAUACCCCCUCUUCGUGACGUGGAACACCCGCUCCUCGCGCCCCGGCCGCGCGCCCAGACUGCGCGGCUGCAUCGGCAACUUCGACCCCCUCCCGCUCCACGAGGGCCUCGCAGAGUACGCCCUCAUCAGCGCGUUCCGCGACCACCGCUUCCGCAAGAUUGAGCGCCGCGAGCUCGACAGCCUCGAAUGCGGCGUGUCGCUGCUCACGGACUUUGAGGACGCGUCCUCCUACCUCGACUGGACGGUCGGCGUGCACGGCAUCCGCAUCGCCUUCUCCCACCCCUCGACCCUGCCCUCCUCCGACGCCCCCUCCCCGCUCUCCUCCUCCGCGUCCCUCCUGAGCAGCGCUGCGCACACGUCCGCCCGCCCCUCGCCCUCCUUCUCCGCGACGUACCUCCCCGAGGUCGCGCCAGAGCAGGGCUGGGACAAGAUCGACGCCAUCGAUAGCGCGAUCCAGAAGGCCGGGUGGCGCGGCCCCGUCACGGAGGACCUCCGCCGCCGCCUCCACGUGCGGAGGUACCAGAGCAGGAAGUGCACCGUCGGGUGGGACGAAUACGUCGAGUGGCGCCGCCUUAACGGCGGCGAGAUCUGAACCUCGCAUACAGCAUAUUACCCAGUGAAUUCACUAGAGGCCGUGUACACUAGACGGGGCGGUCGCGCGUCACGAGUGGGCCGCGACCGCCCUGAGCGUCGAAGUUUUCGCUCAUUCUGUAUUUGUCUGUACUAUCACUUUACCUCGGAUCGUGACAUCGUGGCCGCCUCAACGCCGGCCGGCGCGAAUGCUGAAUAUAUCCCACAGCGUCCAUGAAUUCA